AUGCUGGCCCCUCGACAGAGUCCCAUCCAUGGCCAAGUAGCCCCACAACACCUGCCCCACGGAGUCCGACGCCCUCUGGCUCCUCCGUGGGAGCACCACAUGCUGGCCCCUCGAGAGAGUCCCAUCCAUGGCCAAGUAGCCCCACAACACCUGCCCCACGGAGUCCGACGCCCUCUGGCUCCUCCGUGGGAGCACCACAUGCUGGCCCCUCGAGAGAGUCCCAUCCAUGGCCUAGUAGCCCCACUACACCCAGCCAACAGCGUUCAACGCCCUCUGGCUCCUCCGUGGGUGCCCGUAUACUGGCUGGCCCCUCAACGGAGUCUACACCUCCUCGACCACACAAAGGCGGCAGGCCUCCCACUAAGCGCACGCCGAGGACUGUGGCUGAGAUUGAUCAUCUGAGGAGGACAAGGGACAGCCUGCGGAGGAGCCUGUUCAAGGCGCAGCGCCGGGCGUCCCAGCAGAGUGGCAAUCUCUCUCGUACACAGAUUAUACAAGCAGCAUCACGGUACCUUUCCAGGGA